AUGACAGCCAACCUGUGUCUCAUCAUACCCAAAGUGAGAACUAGCUUGUGCCUCAUCAUACCCAAGGUGAAAACCAGCGUGUGUCCCAUCUUACCCAAAUUCUUUCACACUAGUUCCUUCACACCAGCAUCAUCAGACCAUUUCCUUCACAUUGGCAUCAUCACACCACGUCCUUCACACCAGCAUCUUCACACCACGUCCUUCACACCAGCAUCUUCACACCACGUCCUUCACACCAGCAUCUUCACACCACGUCCUUCACACCAGCAUCUUCACACCACGUCCUUCACACAAGCAUCUUCACACCACGUCCUUCACACAAGCAUCUUCACACCACGUCCUUCACACAAGCAUCUUCACACCACGUCCUUCACACAAGCAUCUUCACACCACGUCCUUCACACAAGCAUCUUCACACCACGUCCUUCACACCAGCAUCUUCACACCACGUCCUUCACACCAGCAUCUUCACACCACGUCCUUCACACCAGCAUCUUCACACCACGUCCUUCACACCAGCAUCUUCACACCACGUCCUUCACACCAGCAUCUUCACACCACGUCCUUCACACCAGCAUCUUCACACCACGUCCUUCACACCAGCAUCUUCACACCACGUCCUUCACACAAGCAUCUUCACACCACGUCCUUCACACAAGCAUCUUCACACCACGUCCUUCACACCAGCAUCUUCACACCACGUCCUUCACACAAGCAUCUUCACACCACGUCCUUCACACAAGCAUCUUCACACCACGUCCUUCACACAAGCAUCUUCGCACCACGUCCUUCACACCAGCAUCUUCACACCACGUCCUUCACACAAGCAUCUUCACACCACGUCCUUCACACAAGCAUCUUCACACCACGUCCUUCACACAAGCAUCUUCACACCACGUCCUUCACACCAGCAUCUUCACACCACGUCCUUCACACAAGCAUCUUCACACCACGUCCUUCACACAAGCAUCUUCGCACCACGUCCUUCACACCAGCAUCUUCACACCACGUCCUUCACACCAGCAUCUUCACACCACGUCCUUCACACCAGCAUCUUCACACCACGUCCUUCACACCAGCAUCUUCACACCACGUCCUUCACAGCCUCAUCUUCAGACCAUUUCCUUCACGCUUAUUCCAGUAGCAACUUCGGACUGUCUCGAGACCAUCAUCAUCAUCUGUAUUUUCUCAGUAAAUAUGACCUCCUUAUAUGUCUUUCACAUCAUCUCUCACUUACAACAUCAUCUCCUCACACCCUCAUCUCCUCAUACCCUUAGUUCUCCCUCUCAGUCUUACAUCUCCUUCACAUCAUCACCUCUCCCUCACAACCUCAUCUCUUCCUCACUCCCUCAUCUCUCCCUCAAAGCUUCAUUUCUCCCACAUCUCUCACCCCCAGGGCACAACGACCUUCCGUGGAACAUUAGGAAGUUCAUGCACAACAAACUUCACAGUUUCAACUUCACGGCCGAGCUCAAAAAGCUUCGUCCGUGGUCGCGUUCCUCCUGGUCCCACACAGACCUGCCCAGGCUCAAGAGGGGCAUGGUAGGUGCUCAGUUCUGGGUGUCGUACGUGCCGUGUGAGUCACAGAGGCUCAACGCUGUACAGCUGACCAUAGAGCAGAUUGACCUUAUCAAGCGACUUAUUGACCAGUAUCCUGACGAUCUCCGCCUCGCUACCUCUGCUGACGAAGUGGAGGCGGCCUUCAAGGAUGGUCGCAUCGCCAGUUUGAUCGGUGUUGAGGGUGGCCACGCAAUACAGAAUUCCUUGGGUGUGUUGCGAGCACUGAGAGACCUGGGAGUGCGUUACCUCACUCUCACUCACACAUGCAGCACUCCAUGGGCAGAGUGCGCCAGGGCCAGAGAGACGGACCUGGAGGACCCCAACUCUCCCAGGGGACUAACACACUUCGGCAAGACGGUAGUGAGGGAGAUGAACCGCCUAGGGAUGCUGGUGGAUCUCUCCCACGUCUCUCAAGCCACCAUGAAGGAGGCACUGGAGGUGUCGCGAGCUCCCGUCAUCUUCAGUCACUCCUCCGUCUACGCUAUCUGCAAGAACCCCAGGAACGUCCCCGACGACAUACUCAAGAAGGUGGCUGUGAACGGUGGUGUGGUAAUGGUGAGUUUCUACAACCACUUCCUGACCUGUAGCGAGCAAGCCACCGUCAAGGAUGUUGUGGAUCACAUCAACCACGUGAGGAAGGUGGCCGGUGUCCAGCACGUUGGUAUAGGAGCUGACUUCGACGGAGUUAACAAGUUGCCUGAGGGGCUGGAGGAUGUGUCAAGGUAUCCUCACCUUUUUGCGGAGCUGCUGGCUGACCCGUCAUGGUCCCUUGAUGACCUGAAGCUACUGGCGGGAUACAACCUCUUGCGUGUGUUGCGUGAUGUGGAAAAGGUUCGAGUAGCCAUGAGCCAACAGAAGGUGGUGCCGUUUGAAGAGGAGGUUCCUCCGUCUCAGUUGGAGGGCUACAAUGCCUGCAGUUACAAGUUUACCAAGGACACAGACGACUCCUAGCAACGUACUGGGACUACCAGCAACCAUCCGUAAUAACCUCGCUGAAUGAAAUACUAAUUAUGGUACACCUGAGAGUUCAUUAAGGUCGGCAGGUGGCCCCCAGAACGCCAUGGCUCUCCUGAGAAAUUGGUAACUAGCGUUCCAGCUAGAACGGCUCGUAGUCUGUGUGUACAAGCUUACUACUACUUCGUAGUCACUAAGAUAAACAGACUGACUACAUCUAAUAAUGCCUUGGGGCUGCUAUCAGCCAAUCAUAACAGUGUUGGUUAGAUCAUCUGCAGUCACAAGGCUAAUUAACAUGAACUUAAUUGCAUUCGACGAAUGUUUGAAGACACAAGGUCACCAACGACCUGAAUGCACCUUAAAAACGUAUGCAUCAGGGUAUUCAUCAGGAAUAGAAACGUCUCCUAGAAUGAUCCUGAAGCUGUGGAAAUCUAGAAUUAUAGCGUCCCAUCUAGAAGGCCUUUUUUAUGAGUUCCCCAAGACUUUGAUAACUCCUAGUAAGGUGCUGGUUCAGACAUGUAGCAGAUCAAAGAGACGAGGGUGCAACUUGCUAGAAUCCUCACCCACUAUAAGUUUGCUAGUUACUAAUAGUAACGUAUUUAGAGCGUCUGAGGUAAUAAUAAGCGUGAGGAGGAUACAUCUACAAAAUCUUCGUAGUCACAGUCUAUAGUCUGAACAUUAAAGGUUCCAGGUAAUUUAUUCAGGGCAUUUAAAUGGUGUUUUAUUCGUCAAGAAACUGGAAAAGUGUCUUCAUACAAUGAUGAUGAUCCCGCUCAGUGGCUAAGCAUCCUCUGUAUUACCGGUGCUACGUAUUAUUAUUUAUGAAAUCACUAGCAUGCCGGGCUAUAUACCAGAAGCUAUGUUUCCGCUAGCUUACUGGCUCUAUGUUUUUCAUCUCGUUUAAGAUUCAAAACAAUUUGUUGACGGAGUAUUAUGAACUUCCGGAAGAAUCACGAAGGUUCUCGCGUCGCAGAAGGUACCAAGUGCAGAUAACAGCAUAUUCAAUACUCAAAUGUUGCAAUCCUGGUCCGUGUUCACUACAGUAGCAGUGGGCUGACAACACUUGUAUGAUCUUCCUGUUUCGGGGCUUUCCUGUGCACCAUAUCUACUUUUAAUUAG